AGGAAUACGCAAAACGGCGGCAGCGCCUUGCACCUGACGGCGUUCAAACGUACUCGUGUCACCAAAGACGAAAAUAGUUCAUGGAAGCACGCGCUAGAUCUCUUGAGAACCGCUCAAUGUACACAAUGAAUGUCACGAAGCCAUCGGUCUAGUUCAGCGCCAUGGAACGACGAGUUCUACUACUUUCGGGGAGCUGCACUACGGUGUUUAUUCAUCAACCAACGUGAACCUGGUGAACUUCGACCUUAUGGAGCCGAAGGUGGUCGGAGUACUUCCCCUCGUGUUGUGCGCUGUCUAUGCGGUUGCUAAGCGCCACAGAACCUUCGUCAUACAGCCAGACAACAACGCCGUCGAGACAGAGGUGCACAUUACGGCCCAAGAAAGCGUCGUGUUCGUUGGUGAUCCCAUCAACUUCACCUGCACUACGAAAGCAAAAUCGAAGCCCGAGGUCGCGUGGUUUAUGUACGAGCAGGACGUGACCAACGAGGCCUUCGUCCAGAUCACCAGCUCUGAGGACCCAACCAGCGCGCAGAGCGGUGGAAUGAGCAAGUACAUUAGCACCAUAACAAUUACAAAGUCCCUCUUCAACUACACUUGCAUCAUUCGCUGUCGAAUUAGGGUGGAUGGACAACGGGUUUUCCACCUCAGCACACCCAUGACCAUAACCCAAAACACUACUGGUCAAGGGAAGCACAUUGGGGAACAGUGCAACAACGUUUUGGAUAAGUGCGUUCUGGAACACAGCACAUGCAAACUGACUGCCGCAUCGAUGGGAACCUGCCAGUGUGAACCGGAGUAUCCAGUCUACUCGAACCAGAAUGAACCGGCUUGUCUGGCCGAAGCAAAGCUGGGAGAGCCUUGCGUGGACAGCCUGCAGUGUGAGAGAACGGAAAAUGGCACUCACUGUGACGAAAAAGUGUGCCGCUGCAAGACGGGGUUCACUCAGGAAAAAGGAAAAUGUGUCGGAAGGGCUGACAGCGACCUUUGCCAUCAGUCCAGUUCAUGUCAAGAUACGAAUGCAGACUGCGUCGAUGGACGAUGUGUUUGCAAGCCGGGCUUCGUUGCGAACCCCAACACAGGGGCCUGUGAAGAGAGCGGCGAUCAGGAGUUUCAGGUUGCCAUUAUCGGGGUGACCGCCGUGGCUGUUCUGUUGGUCCUCAGUGGGAUCGUUGCUGCUUGUUACGUCAUGAACAAGCGGAAGGAAAACAAGUCAUACUGAUCAUGGAAGUGGAGAGCACAGGAAGUGACGUGGAAGCACUAUAGGCUAUUGAAUGUGAGGUUCGACGUCACCACAUGGAACUGUGUUCUCAUUUGAAGUUUGUCCAUGAUUACUCUUCGCGCAGUGUAAGCGUGUAGUGACUGAUGAUGGUUACCAUGGCUACCAUGGGUAUAGACAGAUGUUGUGGUACUUUGAGGUAUGCAGGCGGCAAAGUUGGUUGGUUGUACUGACUGUUUCUUUGAUAAACAGUGUUCCUUUUUGUCCUA